CCAUUUGAAAUACAAGUACAACGAUCACAAGUAACGCACGCUGUAAUUUCGUGAAUCUUUUCACUGCUACAGCACUGCGUGGCAAACUGCGUUAUCGCGCUUAAGCAACUUUAGCGAGCUUCAGUUUUCAACGUACUUCGCAACUUGACAGAUAUUCCGUUGCGGCGAUUGUCACGUAUCUAAAUUGCUUGGACGUUCGACAUGCGUUCGCUGUACGUCGUGAUUGCAUUACUGUCUAUUUUUGGAUUGCGCCUCGCGACAGACGUCGACGACAAGAACGCGUGUAAUUGCGACGAGAGCUGCGACGAGGAACGAGUGAUCGGUUUGGAAGAAGAGACGACCACUCACGUAAUGUACAAGGAGGACGACGAUGGCGACGGUAAUCGGACAAUUUGCGCCAGAAAUCGCGAUUUUAACGAUCGCACGUUCCCGAGCGUCUGUCACAUGUUCUGUUAUAAUCAUUGCACGAGAUAUCGAAUCCUGACGGUUGAGAUGAAUGACACGAAAUACGUCGUAGCCGCGUACAGACCGAAUUAUUACAAAUUGAAAGACGGAGAAUGCUGAGAGAAGAUUAUGUGCUUCCUGAGAGAAUUAUAUAAGUAGAAACAAUUGACACACACGUAUACAUGUACAUAAAUAAUAUAUACGUAAUAAAGUCUUGAAAAUAAAAUAA